AAUAUUAAUUUCCUAAAUACCAAUUUUAAUUGAACACAUUGAUCAAACACACUUUUUUAUGCAGCUUCGUGUCAGAGAACAGCAAGAGUUGCAAAAAAAUACUUCAACAAAUACAAUUAAGUCCAUUUCUAAGGGUUUUAGUGCAUUUUCGGUUCAUCCUGGAAUCAUACCCCAAAGACAAUUCUCCCUAACUUUUUGACGCAGCUGAAGCGCUCCAGUAUUUUGAGGAUGGCCGGCACGGAAAUGGUGGACCAAGACGGACUCGGAGAGACCUUCGUUUUCCGCGCUUUGAGGAUAGCAGCCGUGGUGACGCUGUACUGGUUCAUCUCCAUCACGAUGGUGUUCCUCAAUAACCAUCUCCUGGACAACCACGACCUGGACGCACCGCUGUUUGUGACCUUCUACCAGUGCCUGGUGACGGUGGGACUCUGCUGGGUCAUGCAGUUGUUGUCUGCCCUCAACCCCAAAUUGAUCGACUUCCCGUCGGUUAAAUUCGACCUGAAGACGUCCCGGGAAGUUCUGCCCCUGUCGGUGGUCUUCAUCGGCAUGAUCACCUUCAACAACCUGUGCCUGAAACAUGUCGGAGUGGCUUUCUACACGGUGGGACGAUCCCUCAGCACGGUGUUUAAUGUACUGAUGUCAUACAUUAUCCUGAAACAGACCACUUCCUUCAAAGCCAUAUCAUGCUGCGGGUUGAUUCUUGGUGGAUUUUGGCUGGGUGUGGACCAGGAGGGCCUAGCAGGCUCCCUCUCCUGGUCAGGUGUUUUCUUCGGAGUGCUCGCCAGUGCUUGCGUCUCCCUCAAUGCCAUCUACACGAAAAAGGUGAUGCCCGCGGUGGAUGGCAAUAUUUGGAAACUGUCCUACUAUAACAAUAUCAACGCUUGCAUCCUCUUCCUCCCGCUCAUCCUUGUGUUUGGAGAGCUGGGCCGUGUCGCCAAUUUCAGCCGUCUCGCUGACGCGGGUUUUUGGGGCAUGAUGACGCUCGGAGGAGUGUUUGGCUUUGCCAUUGGCUACGUCACAGGCCUCCAGAUUAAGUAUACCAGUCCGCUGACACAUAACGUCUCAGGGACAGCAAAGUCCUGCGCUCAGACUGUUAUUGCGGUAGUGUACAACUCUUCGAGUAAAAGCCUUCUGUGGUGGACUAGUAACAUGUUGGUUCUUUGCGGUUCUUCAGCCUACACAUGGGUCAGAAGUCGAGAAAUGAAGAGGACUCCCACCAAGCAGCCUCAGGAUUCCACCACAGAAAAACUUCUUGGUGAAAAAGGCAACAUAGGGAUAUAAAACACUCCUUUAAGUGACACCUUGUAGGAAAUACUUUUUUUUUUUUUUUUAGGAUACAGGACUUGAACUUUGCGGGGAUUAGAGGCUUUGACACACUGUGGUUUUACAGAGAUUAUAUUUUAUAUAGCUUUGUAUUUAAUUCUAUUUGCUAGUGUUCGGGGUACACUGUCCAAUUACCUAUACAAUGAAGGACUACAAUAAUUAACCCUUGUGUGGUGUUCGGGUCUGCGGGACCCGUUUUCGAUUUUUAUUAAAAGAAAAAUGAUACAAUUAAUUCAUUUUUUAAACUGAGACUCACUGGCUUUGGCUCAUUUUCUGUGAAGAACAUAUAUCAGAAUACAUAUUUAAUGAACACACACCAUACAACCCCCCUACACAUUUAUAUUACAUAUAAGAUGUCCGGGGUCCACUGGACCCGGGGCUAAUAGAAGUGUGGAAAUGUAUGUUCUGUGUACCACACAAACACACACACACACACACACACAGCAGGCCUAGACAGGAGGAGGACAGAGUGUAGGUACACAGAACAUCAGAGGGUCGAAUGUGCGACAAAAUGAGCGCAUAGUGUUGACAAACAAUGUUGCAACCUUGUGUGGGAACCGCAGGUGCAGAAACACUAAAAAAGAAUCCCUGUGGGAUGCAGAAACUGGCAGAGAAAUUUCCAUGCAACGUUCAUGUUGUUGUUACUCAGCCAUUGUUUGUGGGUCUUAGACUUAGACUUAGACUUACUUUUUAUUGUCGUUUAAAUUUGAACUUUACAGUACAGAUAGGAACGAAAUUUCGUUGCAUUAGCUGGUUGGCAGUGCAGGACAAAAAAGCAGUAAGGUGCAGAUAUUAAUAAAUAGAUUACUGUAAAGAUAAAUAUAUUGCACUUUUGCAUAUGCAUCUACGUUUAUGGAUGUAUGUUAUAUUGUCUUUCUAUUCCAGCGAGUUCCUCCAUUUUUGGGGGGAGUUGAGGGGAUUAUUAUGAUGCGUUCAAGAGUCUUACGGCCUAAGGGAAGAAGCUGUUACAGAACCUGGAGGUUCUGCUACGGUGGCUGCGGACCUCUUUCUAGAGUCCAGCAGUGAAAACAGUCCUUGGUGGGGGUGGGAGCAGUCUCUGCAGAUUUUCUGAGCCCUGGUCAGGCAGCGGCUUUUUGCGAUCUCCUGGAUAGGAGGAAGAGGAGUCCUGAUGAUCUUUUCCGCCGUCCUCACCACUCUCUGGAGAGACUUCCAGUCUGAGGCACUGCAGGCUCCAGUCCAGACAGAGAGGCAGUUGGUCAGUAGGCUCUCUAUAAUGCCUCUGUAGAAUGUGCUGAGAAUGGGGGGAGGGAGCUGUGCUCUUCUCAUCCCACGCAAAAAGUGCAUGCGCUGCUGAGCUCUUUUUACAAGAGCUCCGGUGUGUAGGGACCAGGUUAUAUUGUCAGUUAUAUGCACCCCCAGGAACUUGGUGCUGCUUACCAUCUCCACCGCUGUGCCGUUGAUGAAGAGUGAAGCGUGGCUGGACUGGUGCCUCCUGAAGUCGACAAUGAUCUCCUUGGUCUUGUCGACGUUCAGGCCCAGGUUGUUGGUUCUGCACCAGUCAACCAGAUGUUUCACCUCCUCCCUGUAGUCCAUGUCGUUGUUGUCACGGAUGAGGCCCACUACUGUCGUGUACUUCACAAUGUGGUUAGUAGUGGACCUGGCGCAGCAGUCAUGGGUCAUCAACAUGAACAGCAGCGGACUCAGGACGCAGCCCUGGGGGGAGCCGGUGCUCAGGGAGAUGGCACUGGAGGUGUUGUUGCCCACUCUCACAGACUGGGGUCUGUUUGUGAGGAAGUCAAGCAGCCAGUUGCAUAGGGGGGUUCUGAAUCCAAGGGGGGCCAGUUUGCUCACCAAGUGCUGCGGGAUGAUGGUGUUGAAUGCCGAGUUGAAGUCCAGAAACAACAUCCGCACGUGUGUGUCCUUUCCUUCCAGAUGUGCUAAGCUCAGGUGGAGUGCAGAGGAGAUGGCGUCCUCUGUGGAGCGGUUAGGGCGAUAAGCAACCUGGUAUGGGUCGAAUGUGGGGGGAAGUCUGGAGACAAUGUAUUCCUUUACCAGCCUCUCGAAGCACUUCAUUACAGAUGUUUUUUGGGAUAAGUCAGUAUUUUAACAUAAAAGUGUUUGAUUGUGAGGCAUUAAAAGCCACAAAAUGCAACGGGUCCAUCAGACCCAUGAACACUGGCUGAGUAACAACAAUAUGAACACCACACAAGGGUUAAUAUAACAGUUCAGACCACAGGGGAAUUUGUUUUUAUUUACCAUAGUUUCUGGACUAUACAGCACACUGGGAUGUAAGCCGCACCCACGAAAUGUUUGAAGAAUAACAUUUGUAUCCAUAUAUUAGCCAUGUCAGACUAUAAGCCAGAGUUAUAUACUUUGUGAAAUGAGUUAUUUCAAGAAAAAAAUUCGAUAAAUGUUUAUUUACGUCCCUGAAUUGUUUCCAAUUGGUGUCUGUAACACGGCAGUAAAACGGAUGACCAAGCAAAACAGAAGUCAUCGUCAUGGACCCACUAGCUGCGGAAUUAGCUCUCCAAUCAGCUAAACAAACUCAAUAACUCCACUGUAAUGCUUUGGUGAAUUUACUGAGGAGUUUGUGAAAUUGAAACAAUACAAAAAGAAUGCCGUCGUAAGUUAAAGGUGCUGUUUGCAACUUCCUCACAGUUAUAUUUUUCAAAGCAAAAAACAUGACAAGAAAACCACUAGCUGGCUUAGGUUACCAUUAGCAGUUUAACAGAACACCUUUGUAUGACAAUUUUCUAUAUUCUUUACAAUUACUAAGUUAAUGUAAAAUGUUUGUUAUACAACACGUACGCGCAUGGAGCGCGUGCACACAUGCAAAAGCAGUCCAAGAGAAGCAACAAUUUGUAGUCAUGAUGUUAUGAUAGAAUAUACAUUCAUUGACAGCUAACACUUACCUAUCCAAAUUGCUAUUAUUAGUUAACACCUAAAGCUAAUAUCCGUGCUUGUGUUACGUACGUACCUAAAUUUCGUCAUUACGUACGAGGGCGGGAUUUACUGUGUAAAAUACAUUGUAAAGUUAGCGCCUUCUAGGCAUCUGUGUAAAUGUUGCAGACUGCCCCUUUAAUAAUACUAACACAGACACUUGUAGACAUGUUAGCAUAUUAGCUAACGCUAACGGCGCUAGCUUCAUUACAUUGCUAUAGUGUGUUUACAAGUAUGCAUAAAACACUCCAACAAACAUCACACAUGUGACGGUUUAGUAAGUAUGAAUUGCUUUAGUUAAACUGUGAAACUUAUAAUCGUUGCUUAGAGUGAUGAAUGAAGAAUAUUUUUGAGCAAAAAUGCAAUGGACGGUUUUACUUCCGGUUUAAGGCAUUAAAACAGGAAGUACAUUUUCAACCCGCAGCACCUGCAGUGAGCGAACUCAUCCGAAAGAUGGUUCCAUAGCACAAGCAAUAACACACAAUGUCAGUCCUUUGCUUGGGUUUGAUGAAAACUAUUGAACACAAAACAUUAUGGGAAUUAGCGGGGGGGGUCCAUAAAUUAGCUGCACCGCUUUAUAAGCCGCAGGGUUCAAAGUGUAGGAAAAAAGUAGCUUCUUGCAGUCCGGAAUUUACGGUAUAUCAUACCAAUACAUAUUUAAAGAAAAUCAGAGUGAUUACAUUUUUUGUUGAGUUAAUUGAGAACUUAAUUGAACAGGGUUCAUGUAUGCAAAAGUUUGUAUAGUAUAGAACAUUUUGCCAUAAGAAACAAUGUAAUCAUCAAUAAUGGGUUCCGACCUCCAUAAAAGUCCAUAUUUUAGUAAAUGUUUGUACACUUUUAACACAAUAAUAAGCCCUAAACCAGCCCUAAGCCCAAAACAUAAAUUAGCCGCAGGGUUCAAAGUGUAGGAAAAAAGUAGCUUCUUGCAGUCUGGAAUUUACGGUAUAUCAUACCAAUACAUAUUUAAAGAAAAUCAAAGUGAUUACAUUUUUUGUUGAAUUAAUUGAGAACUUAAUUGAACAGGGUUCAUGUAUGCAAAAGUUUGUAUAGUAUAGAACAUUUUGCCAUAAGAAACAAUGUAAUCAUCAAUAAUGGGUUCCAACCUCCAUAAAAUUCCAUAUUUUAGUAAAUGUUUGUACACUUUUAACACAAUAAUAAACCAGCCCUAAGCCCAAAACAUAAAUUAGCUGCAGGGUUCAAAGUGUAGGAAAAAAGUAGCUUCUUGCAGUCUGGAAUUUACGGUAUAUCAUACCAAUAGAUGUUUAAAGAAAAUUAGAGUGAUUCAAUUUUUUGUUGAAUUAAAUGAGAACUUAAUUGAACAGGGUUCAUGUAUGCAAAAGUGUGUUUAGUAUAGAAUAGUUUGCCAUAAUAAACAAUGUAAUCAUCAAUAAUGGUUUCCAACCUCCAUAAAAUUCCAUAUUUUAGUAAAUGUUUGUACACUUUGAACACAAUAAUAAGCCCUAAACCAGGGGUGUCAAACUCAUUUUAGCUCAGGGGCCGCAUGGAGGAAAAUCUAUUCCCACGUGGGCCGAACGGGUAAAAUCAUGGCAUAAUAACCUAAAAAUAAAAACUAUGACAACUUCAGAUAGUUUUCUUUGUUCCAAUUUGUUAUUGGAAAAUUGUGAGGAAAAAAUGGUGCAGUUUCAAAAACACCAUGAAGAACACAAUUAACUUUGACUUAAUCUCAGUGUAUCUACAAAGCAAUUCAACUUCAAGUCACAGCCCAUCUAGGAUUGAACAACAAACAAAAUAAAGCAUAAAUAACGCUAUUUUAUGUAUCAACUACCUCAUUUAUCAUUUCCACAUAUUAAUCCUGUGCUAACUCAACAAACCAUACAAACUGAGGUAGAAACUAUUCAAGAGUUGAGUUACUCCCUGCCUUUGAGGCAUCACUGUGUAUUGAUAGAACAAUAAAAGCUGUGCGAAGUGUGCACAAUUUAAACAAACCUACAAUAAAAACGUAAGACUGACAUAUUGCAGUAAAUCACACACUUUUCACUUUCUUUAAAUUUGCACAGAAGACAAUACUUUUUGCAGAACUAUAUCAAUACCAAUUGUUUAUUUUACUCCUGUUUGUUUUACGUUGGGUCGGGGGGGGACUUCUUGCUUGGUAUAAUUGCUCGCCCCGGUAUAAACUAUUUGCUUGCCCAACAGAAUUGCUAUUGCGACAUCCAGUGGACACAUAUAGAACAGCAGUUUCUUUUAAUCUAAAAAUGCAGCCCAAUUUUACACUUGGCAAACUCAUCUCGGGGGCCGCAUGUUUGACAUCCUUGCCCUAAACAGUACUGUAUAUCAAAUGAACAUAACAAGGGGAUGCCACCCUGCCGACACGCACACACAUUGUCACUAGCGCUGUGGUGCACUCACAGUUUGCAAUCACAAAACUCCUUUAAUUUGACAGCCGAGUCGCUGCAAUGAUUAGGAAUACAAAAUAUAAUCUACUUCACCUUGUCGGUUAAUCUUCUUUGAAGGGAGGAGGAGGCGGGGGGAGGCAGUUUUGACAACGCUGAAUGUUUGAAACCACACAUCGUUAGUCCAUUGUAAAAAACACGAUAGGUGGGUGGAAAGGUAUGUAGACAAGGUUCUUUGGGUCUUUCUUUCUUUGUUCUUUGGUUCAUAAAUCGAAAAGUUCUUCCAAUGAGGGGUUCGUAAAUCAAGGUACCACUGUACUUCAAAUGCUUCAUGUAGGGUUUGUUGUUGAAAUAAAAUAUUUGGU